UUGUAUCAAACUUCAUUGCUUUCAAUGUCAAUAUUAUUUCAUCAGAAAUAUUGGACAAGAAAAAAUUAAGAUUUUAACAAAUAUUAUGUAAAUUGUUUUUAUGAUAUGCCAGGACGUCCUUCACCAUUAGAUAACGAACAGUGUAGGCAGUGUACGAGUUUUUCAGAUUAUGUGAAAUCUGCCAAAAAGAAAACCGAAAAUGGAGCUGUCAGUGAUAAUGUUGAGAAACCAAGGAGGGAGGACUGUCCUUUGGAUAAAGAUGAGUUAGGCAAUAAAACAUGGGGCCUUCUUCAUACAAUGGCCGCGAAGUAUCCUGACAAACCAACUGUCCAAGAUGAAACAUCAAUGAAGGAAUUUUUCACUCACUUUUCAAGGUUUUAUCCUUGUGAUCACUGUGCUAAAGAUUUAAGGAAUGACCUAAAAGCAGAUCCCCCACAGACGAAAUCCCAGGAAGCACUAAGUCAAUGGUUAUGUAAAUUACAUAAUAAAGUCAAUAUAAAAAUAGGCAAAGAAGAAUUUGACUGCUCCAAAGUAAAUGAAAGGUGGAGGGACGGUUGGUUGGAUGGAUCUUGUGAUUGAGAAUAAAUUCGUAGAUAAAUGUAGUAGAAGCAUAAACUUAUACAUAUUUUGUGAUAAUAUACAUUUAAAUAAAAGUUAAACAAUA